AUGGACGUACUUCAUCGUUUCUUAGGAUUCUACGAAUGGACGCUGACUUUCGCGGACCCCCGAGUGGCAAAAUGGCCUUUAAUAGAAAACCCCCUUCCUACAAUUGCUAUUGUGUUGCUGUACCUGGCGUUUGUUCUGUAUAUUGGGCCGCGUUUUAUGCGAAAAAGAGCACCAGUUGACUUUGGUUUAUUCCUCCCUGGAUAUAACUUUGCUUUGGUUGCAUUAAAUUAUUAUAUCCUGCAAGAAGUGGUCACUGGGAGUUAUGGGGCUGGGUAUGAUUUGGUUUGCACACCACUUCGAAGUGAUUCAUACGAUCCCAAUGAAAUGAAGGUUGCAAACGCUGUAUGGUGGUAUUAUGUAUCCAAGAUAAUUGAGUUGUUUGAUACUGUGUUGUUCACUCUACGCAAACGAGACCGACAAGUAACUUUCCUUCAUGUUUAUCACCAUUCUACCAUGCCCCUGUUGUGGUGGAUUGGGGCAAAGUGGGUGCCUGGUGGGCAAUCAUUUGUUGGCAUCAUACUGAACUCCAGUGUUCAUGUUAUCAUGUAUACGUACUAUGGAUUGUCAGCCUUGGGGCCUCACAUGCAGAAGUUUCUAUGGUGGAAGAAAUAUAUCACAAUGUUGCAACUGGUUCAAUUUGUUCUUGCCAUCUACCAUACUGCUCGAUCAUUGUACGUUAAAUGUCCCUCGCCUGUUUGGAUGCACUGGGCACUUAUCUUGUACGCUUUCUCAUUCAUUUUGCUUUUCUCAAACUUCUACAUGCAUGCCUAUAUCAAGAAAUCAAGAAAAGGGAAAGAGAAUGGCAGUCGAGGAAAAGGUGGUGUAAGUAAUGGAAAGGAAAAGCUGCACGCUAAUGGUAAAACCGAUUAA